CUCGAACGCUCCUCCCUCGCUUCCAGGCGAAACGUCCUGCUGUUGCUCUCGUCGCCGACCAGUGCUACUGUGCGCCUCGAUACCGCGAGAAAUCGCGCUGCGCGAAACCGCGAGCCGAAACUCCGAUGUGAGGACGUUCGAGAGUCAAGGAGAACCAAAAAGGAACGAGGAGGAAGUAGUGGAGAGUAACGGCUGGCCGCGGCAGCGGGAGGUGCAUGUGCGCGAUUUCACCGCGGGCGUAGAGAUACGGAUCGACUAGGGAAAUGGUCGUCGGUCCCGGGAUGCUGGGGCACGGCUUCUUCGCGGAUCUCGCCUAGGAGGCACCGAUCUCACCUUGGCUUUGGAGGAGCUUCCUCAGCAGACCCGACAACAGCAUGCCGACUGAUCUAGUAGUGACGUCGGCCUCGGCCCACACCGAGGAGAGCUCGCGGCUGUCAACGUCACGCUCAGCAUCGAGCAGCCGAGAACCCGACGGCCGUUCCAGCUCUUCGUCGCGCAGCAGCUACGAGGGCUCGAGCUCGACCUCCCUCGGCAGCUAUCACCACCCACACCACAGCCUCGUCACGGGUCUCGGACACCCCCAUCACCACCACCACCAUCACCACCACCACCGCGAGUCCUCGGCCUUCGUCCCGGUGGUGCCCUCGCGACUCCAUCUGGCGGCCUACCCGGGCGACAUCCACGCCCACCUCUCGGGACCGGGAGCCCCGGCCCCUCCGGCUGUGCCGCCAAGCUCGUCCACGGCCGCGGGCUCGAGCUCGGGCUCGUCCGGCCAAGAGCCACGGGAGGGUCCCAGCAGCGAGGGGGCCUCGGCCGUGCGCAAGGCUUCCUCGUCCAGCUACGAGAUCAUGGCCAUGAUGGCGGACAAGCGGAAGGAGCUGGCGGCAAGGGCGCUGCUGUUGCCACCGCCACCCGCGCUGUUGGAACCGCCCCCCGGCUACCCGGUCUUCCCGGGCCCGUACCCGGGCAGCUCGGCCCUGUAUCCGCCGGGUGGGCCGCUGGGCCACCAGCACCUGGACCGGAGGUUGCUCAGAGCGCCGGGACGCGCCUCUCGGCCCAAGAAGCAGUUUAUCUGCAAGUUUUGCAACCGGCAGUUCACCAAGAGCUACAACCUGCUCAUCCACGAGAGGACCCACACGGACGAGCGGCCCUACUCGUGCGACAUUUGCGGCAAGGCCUUCCGCCGGCAAGACCAUCUGAGGGACCAUCGGUACAUCCACAGCAAAGAGAAGCCGUUCAAGUGCGGUGAGUGCGGCAAGGGCUUCUGUCAGAGCCGGACCCUGGCCGUCCACAAGAUCCUCCACAUGGAGGAGUCGCCGCACAAGUGUCCCGUGUGCGCCCGCAGCUUCAACCAGCGCAGCAACCUCAAGACCCACCUACUCACCCACACCGACCACAAGCCGUACGAGUGCAACUCCUGCGGCAAGGUCUUCCGGCGCAACUGUGACCUGCGCCGGCACGCCCUGACCCACGCCGUGGGCGACGUGCCACCCGAGGCCCUCGAAGAAGCACUCCGUGACGACGACAGCCCCGAGGAGGACAGCUCCGAGCCCUUACCCCCGACCACGACCUCCACCCCAAGCACCUCCUCUGCCCCCUCGUCCAGCUCGGCUCCACCCCCGGCCCACCCGUCCUCCUCGACUGGCUACCCGACCAGACCGCACCUGCAGAUCCGGCGUGAUCUCCUACAGGCGAAGCCAAGCACAAUAACGAGCAGCGGCAACCUCGCCUCGGCCAAUCCACCCGGGGCUCUCCCACCUCCACCACCGUUGAUCCUCACGUCCUACAACCGCCGGAGGAUCGGCUCGCCGGGGCCCUCCCGGGUCCUGCUCGAGCUCCAGGAGCGCGAGCGGCUCAGGGAACGGGAGCGCGAGCGCCUCGAGGAGGAGAAGAGGAGGAGGGACGAGGAGAGCCAGGAGGGUGGGGACAAGGACAAACGGGCGAGGGCACCGACGCCACAGCCGGCGCCCAGACCCGCCCCGGCCAGGCAAGGCUUCACCAUAGCUGACAUCAUGCGCCGGUAGGCCGUGUCACUGUUGCACGGGUAGCUUUUUCACGUUCCGUGAUCCGGCUCUCUGAUGGGUUUCCCUUCGUUUUGCUGGGGGGGAAUGGGGAUUUCCUCUACUAUUGUGUCCUGCGUUACGUGUGAACCCGCGUGCAAUGGAUAUUACGUUUGUACAUUGUGCUCGAGAGAGCGAUUUAUUAUUAAUUUUCAUCUAAAUGAUUUUAUCGAUAUUCCCGGUUGCACUUAGUCACGAGUUGUGGAUGCUCGCCUUCAGUGCCAAGGAUGGUGACAACGUGUUGCCAACACUUUGUGCGGCAAAGUCUCCGAGUAGACUGAAUUCGAGCUUGUAAGCGAAAACUAAACAUUUUCGAAUAGGCAUUCGGACGCAUCGAACCAUCACAAUGCAAUGUUCGGUGGUUUUACUACUUCUUCAAGUAAUGGACACGAGGCUCUUUUGUGAAAAAUAUUAAAUUCAGAGGUCUUUGGUUAACAACUCAAUGAAAACUACAUCAUUAGCUUUCCGAGUGCGAUUUGUUACGAGUGACUAAUUUCCGAUAGGUCGACAUUUCGAAAAGUAAUAUUCAUACACGUUUUGACCUAUCGCAAAUUAGUCAUUGAUGACGAAUCGAACUUGGAAAAAAUUACUUUAUUCAUAUCAAUUUGUGUUAUAUUCACAAUUUGUACUUUUCAGUAAAAUAGACACUCGCACCGAAUUAUCGAGUUGUGAGAGACUCACCGUUACACCGUGAUUGUCCGAUGCGUCCUCGUGUGCAGCUUAGCGGGGCAUCAAUGUUUGAAGUACAGCCCCAUCGUCCGGUGCAAUCGUGUUAUUUCAAGUGAUAUCGCGAACGAAAUUACACGAGUGAGAGACAAUGAGCUUUGUAAAGGGCAGGUGUUACUCUACGAUGAUGGCGACUCAUCACGCAUGAGGGCGAACUAUCAGCUGUAGACAUAGGGAUGUUUACAUGUAGUUAUCCUGAAACGCUCCCUUGUCGACCUCAGUGCGUUAACUAAUAAGGUAUAUUUUCUAAGCGAACAAGCGUACAUUGGUAUUGAAGAGACUUGUCAUUCGCGACGGAGUGAAACGUAGCUCGUACUUUGUUAACUAGUACGGUGUAGCUGUGCGCAUCUUAAUCGUCCGAGGCCAUGCCAUGUUCCUUCAGAUUUUGGAGAUUUUAUUUAGUUUUUAUUUUGAUGAGUCAUCGGGAAACACACUGUUCUCAACCCAAAUACGCUCAAGCUCGCGCUAGCGGGCUCGUAAUCUUUCGGUCACGACAGUCAAAGCUUUAUUAUGUUUUAGUUUGGGGGAAGAAGUAUCAAAAUCCACAUUUGUUUUUUAAGAACCCACGUAUAAGCCACAUGAACUGCAAGCGAUACUACGAUCAUGGGACGAUAAAAAACUAAUCUUGCACAGAACAAAAGAAACCACAAGUCGUAUUGGUCACAUGUAAAUUUCACUUUAUUUUCCAACCAACACGUAUCAUAUACAGGUGCGGGUGGCUUUCCUGAAUCUGUGAACCAUUAGGUUUUCUUCUCACUCUAUUUUCCAUAAAAUGGUGCGUGUAUUGAACCAACUUGGAUCUAAUAGAUUUAAACUCUUACAGGGAAAAAGGUAUAUAGAGUGACCCAGUGGGUAACAGGUUCAUAUACGCUCAGGCCCCAGCCCCCCCCCCUCCCGAAAAAAGAUCUAAAUUACGGUUUCAUUACGAGACGCGGCCUAAGAGCCUUUUAAGUCUCACUCCAUCCCUGAACCCGUUUUGUGUACAUUCACGAGUAUUCGAGAAAAAAAAUCAAGCAGAGCCCCCGAACGAACGUAAAAUCUACAUCAAAGUUACAAAGCGCGACCAGUACAUGGUCCUUAGAGAGCCCGCCCAGGUGUGGGAAUGGGUCGGGAAAAAACGCGUUUUCGCGCCCUGAGCACACACGAGGAGCCAAACAAAGGGGGGCACGCGCGAAAACAGAGGCUACUCGGAGGAAAACGUCAAAAUUUUCUCGGCAAACACGCGUAGACCCUUGGUAUAUCGUGUUAUUCCGGAGCAAUCUUCCAUGUUUUUCUUUUUCGUCGGCAUUGGGUUCUGGAGCAAAGGGAAGGGCAAACACGCGCUCAAGGACUAGACAUCGAAGCACUGGUUUGCAUAGGACAACGCGAGGCGAGCUCUCUCUCUCUCUCUCUGUUUGUCGACGUCUUUAGUGCAGGUGCUUUUUGUGUUGGUAUACAUGCACGCGCGUGUGGUAUAGGACGAAGGGGGCCGUCUAAAGGUGGACGCGUUUGGUCGUAUUGUGUAUAUAUAGGGAGUCCCUGAGAAUAGUUGUUUUUGGUAACCAAGGGCUGGAUCUCGGUUCUCUGAUGUAGUCUUGGUCACGUUUUUUCUCUGUAAGUCAACAAAACUGCUUUUAAAAUUUUUUUUUUUUCUUUACUCGAGAAUUAAACAAUCGUUUGUUAUAAAAUUACAUCUGAGG